GAGGACGAUUUCAAGGCGGACAGUGAAUUCGUUUCCAAAUUUGCUGGCUUAAUACAGACUAUUGCAUCGUUCACUGGGGGCAACCUUCCUCUAUCCGAACGUGAACUGUUCAUUCUCUUCUGUCAGAUCCGCAUCAACAGUUUUGUGAUCACAGAUCAUCACGGAGCUGAUCUAGCUCUGGGUAUAUUUCUAGAAGCAGCACGUUUGGAUCAUUCGUGUAAACCAAAUGUGGAGUACUUAUUCAGCGGCAAAUAUAUUUUGUGUUUAGCGCUGGAGAAUAUUACACAUCGGUCGGAAGCAGCUAAAAAUCUGGCUAGACACGGUACAGAGGAUACAAAAAGCCGUGGUCUCCGCUCCGUCUACGGCAUUCGCUGUAAAGCCCGAAUAAGUUACAUCGAUCCCAUGUCCACCACAAGUGGGCGGAAUGAGGCUCUUCAAAAACGCUAUUUUUUCAAAUGUAACUGCUCCAUGUGUCUUGAUGAGGAUAGAGAUCGCAGAAUUUCCGGUUUGUUGUGCUGUGGCUCUGAUAGUCUGAACGAACCGACUCAGGUGAUUUCCUCUUCCUCAUCGAAUAAGGAACGGACCAUCGAGUCAGCUUCAUCCGACAUUGCACGCUGCUGCCCCUCGUGCAACACGCGCUAUAACAACGAUCUGAUUGAGCAGUUGUCUCAUUUCCUCACUUCGAUUACGGAAGAGUCACCGACGAUUGAACUGGGUAAGCUACAUUUACUCGUUUUUUCCGUAAGUUAG